AUGGAUAAUAGUUGUGUUGGGUGUUAUUGGCCUAAAUGUCAAGAUUCAGAAUUGAGGCCUCGGUCCUAUGAUAGUUUUUAUGAUCUUCAGCACCGACAAAGACCAAAGAUCUAUGAUUCUGAACUUGAUCUCUCCAACCUUAAAUCUCAUACAGAAGAUCAACCAUUAGAAGAUUCCCAAAGGAAACAGUUAUCAACAGUUUGUCAUCUAGAGAGGUUCAAAGAUGAGUUCGAUUUUAGUUUAGGAAGUGCUAUAGAAACCAGCCAAACAGAACGAGAAUCUGAAGACCCAGUAGAGCCUGUUGAUUGGAGAAAGCUACACGCAGCUUGCCAAGGGUUAAGGUUUGACUUUGUGGACGAAAUUUUGGAGUCUUCCUUUACUAGAAGAUUGGACCCAGCAGAACAAGGGACCUCUAAACCUUUCAUACAAUCCAUUGAUCACAAACAGGUUCUUUUAUCUCGUGUUGAACCUCUUCAUCUCUCCCACGCUAUGAGACGAAGAGAUCAUAUUUUCCAUUGUUACGAAUAUCUUCUACUCGACAGACUGGAGACAGAUACUCCACUCUGGAAUAAACUUUGCCAAAGGUUUGGAUACUGUGAGGAGUGCAGAGAAACUAAAGGGAUCUGUAGUCAACCUAAUCCUCAUUCAUCACCCAACACUAGGGAUAUGUUUCAAGCUAGUGCGAUCAAACCCGAUCUAUGGUUUUUAGGCCUUACUCUCAAGGAUUCAAGGGACAAGCUGAUACAUUUUAUCCGAAGCGAAAUGCCGCGCAGAAAUUUUGAAGUUUCCUCCACUGUGAGUUACCCAUCGUCUUCCUCUGAAAUGGUAUCGAAAGAUUUCCUCGGCCUGGUCAACUCUACCAGCUUCCUCUCAAGCUAUCUCUCAGCAUUCAACUUCGUCGAACUUAGACUAGGAACCAAUCAUAAUCGUUAUUUUUAUUUUCUCUCCAAUUUGAUAAUCCACAUUCACGAACCACAAACAUUUGUUCUAAGAAAGAACAAGAAAGUUUCAUAG